GCACGCGAACGGCGCAUUCGAUUUCGUAUACUUUUGCGUUUUGCCAAUUUUGCCUACUAUAAACUAUAAAAUGGAAUCAAAUGAAAAAAAGGAAACUAACGUAGAUAGUGUGAGAAAAAUUCAGUGUGAAUUGUGCCAUAGGAAUUUAUCUAAAAACUCGUCCCUGAAAAGGCACUAUUAUGAAGUGCAUGGUAUUGAACUACAGAAAAAGGAGGAAAUUGAGGUUAAGUGCAGUUGCAAUUGUCAUAUUUGUGGCAAAGUGUUUAAUCGCAAUUCAAGUCUCUGGCAGCAUUUAAGGAAAUUUCAUGAUUGCACACUAUCGGAGACUUGUAUGACAUGCGAUGAGAAGUUUCCUGACCGAAAGUCUCUCGACAGACACAAUCGAGAUAAGCAUGAUGAAAUCAUACACGAUGAGGAUGAGAAUAUUGUAAAAAGCGAGGAAUGCAUGCUUUGUCAUGCUAGUUUUAGCAGGAAAAGUAACCUGAACAGACACAUGCGAAUUGCUCACAAUCUUGUAUUUUUAAAAACUCAUACGAUAAUGUGUCCUUUGUGUGAUACAGGAUUUCAAAACGUGUCAUCCUUGUAUGACCACAUACCAGAAGAACACGAUGUGCAACUGGAAAGGGAGACUAAAAUUUUCGACUCCAUUGACGAUUUCACAGCAUGGAAAAGCCACAUCGAAAGAGAAGACAAUUCUUUCUUUGUCAAGGAAAGGACUUUCAAAAACAGGAUAUUUUACCGAUGUCACAGGUCCGGAUCAUCUAGGGCAAGAGGCACAGGGAAGAAGUCUAAAACAAUGUCCUUUAAAACGGGUAGAAGAUGUCCUGCUAGAAUUGUAGCUACAAAUGUUGAAGGUCGCAUUACUGUGGACUUUCUUAGAACACAUCUGGGACAUACCCAGAAUGUCCGGUCUCUACGUCUGACGAAAGAAGAAAGAGACGAACUAGCAAUGAAGAUCAAAAUGGGCGUGAGUUUUGAUCGAAUUCUGGGCGAUAUCAAAGAAUCAGUGGCAUUUGAGGAAAAUAUCCGUCGCUUUCAUUUAGUGAAGAAACGAGACCUGUACAAUAUUGUAAGGGACUACAACUUGAAGAAGGAGAUUGCACUGGAAAGUGAUAGAUUGCAUGAGCAGACGGUUGACGUUCAGGAAUCUUCGGAAGAGUCGGUUCGCGAAGAACCAGAAAGUAGUUCCCUAUCGAUUGCGGCUAGGGUCUCAGGGCUGUUCAGCUUUGCAUUAGAGAUUGCCAGCUCUACCACAAAUGAGGGGUUAUUGAAAGCGAUUCCGCACCUGCAAGAUUUCAUAGAGAUUUUAAAACAGAAUCAAGUUGACUCUGAAAGUUCAAACCUUGGGCCGCACUUUUCAAACUCGCCCUGUCAAAAGGAAGAGAAACGGCAGGUAUUGAACUCGCAAUCGGCGAAAAAGAAACGAAGAUUGUAUAACUGCAGAUUGCCAGAAGCAACCGAAAUGCAAAGUGCACAUCAAGUAGCAAUAGAUAAUGAUGAGCUAUAAUAAGUUCGGACAUCUCCAACGCGUAAAAAAGACAAAUGUGGAACUGAAAACCUUCGAGAAAUAGUGUAUUACUAAUAUUAUUCCAUAUUUCUGCCGUGAUAUUUACUAUACUGAUUUACAAAACCCACAAUAGGUACAUUUUAUGGCUAUUACUAGUCAGUGAGUCAUAAAAAGCAUAUAAAAAUAGAAUAUUAAGAAUUCUCCAAUCCUAUCCAAAUCGAUCAUUUUAUACAAAGUAACUUGAUGUUACUCACAAUCGUUUAGGAAACAGAUGGAUAAUAUAACAAAUGUAGAGAGAUAAGAAACUGAUGAUGCUUUAAACAAUAAAACAGUUAAAUGUUUUUUAUAUCAUAC